AUGAGUGAUUCUGUUCAAGAAGUCGAUAAAUCCAAGAUCAAAGGUGCCCUAGUUAGUGGUAGAAGCUGGAAGGUUGAGAAAGAUCAGUUCAGGGUGAAUAGUAGAGUUGUUAAAAAUAAGAAAUUAACAUCUUGGGAGGCUAAAGAACAAAAGAGAUUAGAAGACAAACAAUUUAAGGCUAAACUAAAAGAAUUGAAAGAUGAAAAGUCUGAAACACGUAGAAUUAGGAUAGAAGCAUUGAAAGAAAGAAGAGAAAAGAAGGAAGAAAAGGAAAGAUAUGAAAGAAUGGCUGUUAAGAUGCAUGCAAAGAAGGUUGAAAGGUUGAGAAGAAGAGAGAAGAGAAACAAAGCCUUAAAAGAACGUUAG